AUGUCUGCCAUUAAUAUUAAAGAAGUUAAUGAAAAUUGUAUGCAUUUUACGUUUACUAAUGGUUCAUUGGAUGUAGUCAUUCGACUUGGUGACUUAAGUCAAGAAUCAUGUGAUGCUAUUGUAAAUUCUACAAAUUCAUCUUUAGUUCCUGAUGGAGGUUUAGAUGCUAUUAUACAUGAAAAGAUGGGUCAAUUUUUUACAGAUCAAGUUGUUGCAGUGCAUAAAGAUAUGCAAGUAAAUUCAUGUCCAAUUGGACAAUCACGUAUUUUUAUUGGAAAAUUUAAUCGUGAACCAAAUGAUCCACGUUUUGUUAUUAGUACUGCAGGUCCAAUUUAUACAGAACCAGAGAAAGAACGUGCUGGUUUUUUAUUACAAUCAUGUUAUUAUACAUCAUUGGCACUUGCUAAUAUUUAUCAACUUACUUCAAUUGCAUAUCCAGCAAUAUCAUGUGGAGCAAAUCAUUUUCCUCCAGAUGAAGCAGCUCGUGUGGCUAUUGAUUCAAUAAGACGAUUUUCAUAUAAUAUAAAAGAUGUUCGAUUUGUUUUAUGGGAUCGUGCUACAUACGAUGUUUUUGUUCAAGAAUGGACUGAUUAUGCACAACAAGUAAAUAAAGAUGCAAAUAAGACCGAUCAAAUGAAUGAUGAUACAAGUGAACAACUUAAAAAACCUAAAAUACCGCCACCUGUACCACCAAAACCAUCAGCUCGUUAUUGUGUUCUCUGUAAACAACAAAAAAUACCUGCUGAUCGAGAAACUUUAUGUCUUGAUUGUUCUCAAUUGAUACGUUCAGAAUUAUUUAGAAAAUUUUUAUCAAAUUUACGUAUAGCUAGUGAAAAAUCAUAUGAUGAACUUGUACAUGAAUGUCAAUUAUUACAACCAAUUUUAAAAUUAUAUUCACUUAUUUAUACUCCAGCUAAGGUAUUUGAUCCAAGUAUUCAUAUGCGUGAUCCAAUUUCUGAACACUAUGUUCAACAAUAUUGUGAUAAACAUUUUCGUAAUUCUAUACCACUAUCAAUUGCUGGUGAUGGAAAUUGUUUUUAUAAUACAUUUGUUAAGUUAGCGGGAAAUGCUUCAACUACUGAUGGAUCUACAUUAACACCUAUUGAACUUCGAGCACGAAAUGUUGUCGAACUUGUUCUUAAUACAGAUGUAUAUAGAUCUCAAUAUGAUCGUCUAUCACCAAUUCUUGAUAAGUUUGAAGACUAUGUUAGACGAGAAAUGGUACGUGAUACAAAUUAUGCAGCUGUUUGGGAUCUACUUAGUAUACCAACCAUAUUAAAUAUCCAUUUAACUUGUGCUUACCCGAAAGUCAAUGGUCCUGAUGAUUUAAAUUGUCAGUAUCUGAAUAAUGCUCAAUUUAUACCAUUGGUAGAACAUCAUGCUGCCAAUAAUCAAGAAAAGAAAUCAGAAACAUCGUCGAUAGUACAAAAUGUUAGACUACUUUUUUCUAAUUGUCACAGACUCAACAAUGGAUUAUCAAAAGAAAAAAGAGAAUGGGUACCUAAUCAUUUUGUACCUCUUCUUAAUAUGAGCUAA